AUGUGGGAAUAUUUGACAUGCUGUUUUCCAUGCAUACUUGAUAAAACACCUACGCUUCGGAUUAAUGGUGCUUCUUUCAAAAUUCUCGAUCUCCUAGGAGAAGGUGGCUUCUCUUACGUCUAUCUAGUGCAAUCCCAGACAAACCAUUCACUUUAUGCCCUUAAAAAGAUCAAUUGCCCCUAUGGAGACACCAAUUUUCAGCAGGCCAUGAAAGAAGUGGAAAACUAUCGAGAGUUCAAGUCCCCAUAUAUCAUGAAAUCCAUCGACUCUUCCGUUGUCCAAGAGAAAGAUGGGUCUAAGACGAUAUACAUCAUUUUGCCUUACUUUGAGAAUGGGUCGUUGCAGGAUAUUAUUGAUAAAAGCAGUGUCAAUAAAGUGAAAAUGAAUGAAGACGAAGUAUUGAGGCUAUUUAUUGGGAUUUGUCGUGGAUUGAUUGCAUUACAUAGACAUCAAUUGAGUAAGAACUAUCAGAUGAUACUGUCCAUGGAUGGAAGGAGGGCUAGAGGUGGGUCAGAAAGUGAGAUGGAUGUUCCUGGUGCCACUGAUACCAAUGAUAACGAGGAGGACAAUCCAUUUUUAAGCUUACAAGAAAGGCAAGGGUUGUCAGAUGAAGACCCUACUGGUAGGAAUCAACUACCCGGACAUUACGCUGAUGCUGAUAGCGAUACAGUAGUGGAUCUUUUAAACGCACAAGACGGUACAGAACUUACAGAAACUGUCAGUAUGGCCCACAGAGACAUCAAGCCUGGCAAUUUGAUGCUUUCUAAAGACGGAACCCCCGUUCUAAGUGAUCUAGGGUCAUGCGAUAAAGCUCAAGUCUUGAUCCAAAGCCGAUCGCAGGCAAUAACGCUUCAGGAGUUUGCUAAUGAACAUUGUACGCUAGCAUACCGAGCUCCCGAGUUGUUAGAUAUUAAAACUGGGGAUGAAUUAGACGAGAAAGUAGACAUAUGGUCUUUGGGGUGUACCUUGUAUGCUCUUCUCUAUGGAUGUUCCCCUUUCGAGCGUGAGGAAAUCGUUAACGGUGCAAACAUUACUUUGGCUAUACAGUCUGGCAAUUAUUCAUUUCCUGACGAGCCUAUCUAUCGCGAUGGAUUGAAGCUGCUAGUUCAGUUCUGUUUAGUGAUUGAGCCUAAAAAGAGGCCAAGCAUCGAGGAGGUAUUGAGUAAGGCAUUGGACGUCCAAAGAGUUUGA